CGCGGCUCCGCCCCCGGUCGCCGAGGCUCCACCCCCGGACACUGAGUUCCCGCUCACCGGCGACAAGUCCCCGCGUCAAGGCGGCAAGUCCCCGCGUCACGGCAGCAAGUCCCCGCGUCACGGCAGCAAGUCCCCGCGCCCCAACGGCAGGUCCUCGCGCCAGGGCAGCAAUGCCCCGCCCCCCAACGGCAGGUCCUCGCGCCAGGGCAGUAAUGCCCCGCCCCCCAACGGCAGGUCCUCGCGCCACGGCAGCAAUGCCCCGCCCCCCAACGGCAAGUCCCCGCCCCCCAACGGCAAGUCCCCGCCCCCCGGCGGCAAGCGCUGGACGCGGCCCUCGCUGCAGGACAGGGAUAGUUCGGCCUUCGGUGCCCUGGAGGCGCUGUCCGUGGAUGCUCGGUCUACCCAACGUAGGGAGAGCUCGGUGCUGGACUUUGGCGGCCUGGAGGCGCCGAUGAAGGAAAUGUCGGACAGCCCAGCGCUGAGUUACAGCCUGUUGGAUGCCCCGCCACCGGCCCGGGCCCGCAAAUGGUGCCUGAGGGUACGAAUCCCGCUAUCAGGAUCUCGCCGAGAUAAUCUUGACGACGUUUCCUGAUGCGGCUGUUUCUGGCAAUGUUGGGAGGCAAGGCAGCUUUGAGAUUGAAGUCAAUGGGCAGCUAAUCUUCUCCAAACUGGAAACUAACGGAUUCCCUUAUGAAAAUGAUGUCAUGAAUGCAGUCCAGAAAGCUAACGAUGGAACAGAAAUGCAAAAGAUCAGCAAUAGCCGGGCUCCUUGUGUCAUUCUGUAGCCUUGGCUAAACUGUGUCUUUGCCAGUUGCUAACUUUCUAUACUUUCAGCACUUACAAUUCUUCUUUGAGGUAGCCUAGUGUAGAUAAAGGUAGGCAAUUAAAUGAGUAUACUUGCUGGGUCUACUUGUAGUGGGGGGGGGGGGG